GCCAGCGUGAAUAUUAAACAAAAGAGGCCAAUGAAACGGUACGAAAAAAACCCCAAGAAACAUGAUGGUAAAAAUAGGGUAAAAAUCAACAAAAGAGACGACGUUACAUUGUUGAAAGAUCAUACUACGACAGGAUCAAAACGCACUCCAGCAGCUGUUGCUGCAGUUCUUGGUAAUGAAAAGGUCCAAGAGGCCGUCAUCGAAAAAGGUGUUGAAGUUGUUGGAGACGCGAUCGAUCAGCAAUUAGCAAAUAUCCAGGGAGCGCAUAAUAAAUCGGAAGCAUUUUUAAAUAAAAGGAUAAAAUUGAAUGUCUUCCCUGAGAAAGGCUGGAGAAAUGAGGAUAUGUUUUUACCACCUGGAUAUCAUAUGGACGCAGAAAUAGAAAGCGAUAGUUCCCCAGCGAGCAGCAAGGAAGUUGGUGAUCCUGUGUACACAUAUCCUGCAGGAAUAGGAACUAUGAUAAUGAAUGGAUGCUGGGGGACUGGAUACCAACCUGGUGAUCCUUGCUAUCAAUCUCUAGAAGUCCUAACUGCUUGUCAGAAUAUGAUUGAUGGAGCGGCAUUUAUUGGUGUUGGCUUUGAUGGUCGUGGUAAAUACAGUCCAGAGUCGAGAAAAAUGAGUAUCAUACAACGUUCUUGUGGUGGACGUCUUUACUAUGACGACUUCCAAGUGCCUGACACAAUGAGCGUUCAUGGCAUAUACGAAACAAGCUCACACAUGAAAAUCUUCUCUUCGCGAAAAGAAUACCAAACGUAUCUGCAAACAGAAGCUGGCAUCUCAGGGUCGUUUUUUGGGUUAUACGCUGGAGCUAAAGCUGCUUAUGGUGCAUCAUCCAGUUCGAAUAGUCAAAAUAAUCUUGCAAUUUUUGACAUUGAUGUGGACAGAUAUGAAAUAUUCAAAGAUGAAGUGAAACCUCAAGAUCUCUCGCGUGCAUUUCUUCACGAGUUCAUGAAUCUACCACCAUCCUUCAUUCAACCUGGUGCGCCAGCUAAAUUCAGUGACUUCAUAUCUCGAUGGGGGACUCAUUAUAUAAAAUCGGCAAAAUUCGGCGGACAGUUGGAAAUACGAAAGCUGCAAAGUGGCCUGUCGAGAUCAUCCAAACAGGAGUUUGCUGUUGAAGCUGAAGUAGAAUAUAAAGGUCUUUUUGCCAGUGCUGGUGCGUAUAGCAGCACUCGUAUUGGGGCCGAAGCAAAAACAGAAGAAAAAUUCAUGUCAACUUCAGUCCAAGCGCUUGGGGGAUCUCAAAAGAUAGCAGCAGCAGUCGCAGACGUGUACUCUCCAACAUUCAAAAAUACACUUGUUGAAUGGCUUGACAGCAUUAAUAGUUACCCCAAGGCAUUCAAGUUCAUUAUGGGAUCAAUCACUGACCUUGUUGACUUUCGCGCAGCUGAUCUAUUUCCAGAUGCAACAGUCAAUUGGGGUUGUGAAGCAAAUAGCGCAGCACUUGGAAGAGAAAGAAACACAGGAAGAUAUUACUAUAACAGAACGGUUGACAAUGCUAUCAUCAAGGCUUAUUGCGAGUACGAAAGCAGAGAAGAUCUGGAAAAUAAAUUGAAACAACGUCGAACAAGUUUAAAAGCUGCUAUAGAAUCGUACAUGGAAGAGGGACCAGUUUCAGCAACUGAAAGAAAUCUUCCAGCCGGUGAUGGAGGAUGUGAAACACUGAAUCUCGAAGAUUCACUGGCCAUUCCAACUUGGGACGAAAUCUCCAAUGAUAGUCAUGUAUUUCGCGUUAUUUUUGACAUGGAUGUUGAUCUCUGGGGAAAUUCAAGCAACAUUCCUAAGACCAUGUCAAGAUUGAUGAAACGAAUUCGCAAUAGAUGGAUUACAGGAGAUGAGAAUGGCGAAUUUCAUUUGUUCAAUGCAUUCUCCAAUGGUGGAAGUGGUACUUUAUCCAACAGUAAAAUCUCCAUAUUUGGACUCGUUCUAACAUACUCGGACGGAGUUCUUACUUUGGCAGAGGAAGACUACAGUGAAUCAGGGGAGUAUUUUUCAAAUCUCGACGAGCGUUUUCGAUUUUACACCUUCGGAAAUGGGGAAGACGAUGUAGCAAUCGUGGAUAUAAAAGUUACCCCACGUUCUGGUUUUGUGCAAGAAUGCAAGGGAGGUACUGAGUUAGACGCCGAGGGAUUACUGUGUGUCAAAAAGCCAUGCCACGAAGCUUGCGAUGCAAUUGAAGGUUGUCGUCAAUCAACAGGGGAUACACCACUUCCGUCGGAGUGUUUUUCUUGCAAAUAUGCACAAGAUGGCGAUAAUUGUAUCCUGACUUGCCCGUCUGGUAUGUCACCAAAUAAGAACAAAAGAUGCACGGAUUCUUAUGACUUGACGUACAAAGGAUCCUCCUUCGAUGAUUUGGAUAGGUCAUUUCCUUUGCCAUAUACAUUCCCCUCCUUCACAAUUAGUGUUUGGCUAAAAUUACCUGUUUACCAAGAAAAGUAUUUGAACCACCUAUUUAAAGUCUUCGGAUAUACCUACCUGACAUCGCAACUUGACGCUUACUACGUGUUAGAAUUAUCUGUACGUUACAAAACAGCAGAACAACCUUCGAUAAUGGCUGACUUUUAUGACUGGGUCUUGGGAUCAAUAUCUCCAAGUAAUCGCAUUGAGUUACAACCUUUGGAAGCGCCCGAAAAUACCGGCUGGAUUUACUUAAGUAUUGCGCGUGAUAGCAGUUCUGGAAACAUGCAGCUUUUAAAGUAUGGAAGAACGCUCGUUUCAGCCAGCAAGAUCAUUCUUCCAGGUCAGACAAUGAUGAAAACUGGACUGUUCAUUCUAGGAGGUAUUUCUUCGCAAGUGAGUUGGAGUGGUGGGGCACCUAACUAUAACCUACCUAUGACUGUUAGUCAGCUGAAUAUUUGGAAUCACGUACUCACAAAUGAAAAGAUGGUCGCUAUGGCUAGGCGAAACCUGUGUGAUGGUCCUGCUGGGAAUUCGAUUGAUUGGCAAGAUUUCAAAGCCGCUCUGAAUCUCACUAGGUUCACCAUGAAUGAACCUUCUGAAUGUUCAACCAUUUCUGGGUAAUUCAUAAAGAUAUUAGUAAAGACCUUUUCCAUGUAAAGUUAUUAUAAUUUGCAGAGUUAAUUUG